AUGGAGGCCGAGGAGGCGAAGGCGGUGCUGCGGACGCCCAAGUGCUCCCGGUGCCGCAACCACGGCUUCGUGGUGCCGGUGAAGGGCCACGCGGGGCACUGCCGCUGGAAGCUGUGCCUCUGCGACAAGUGCGCCCUCAUCACCGAGCGCCAGAAGAUCAUGGCGGCCCAGAAGGCGCUGUGGCAGCAGGCGCCCGACCCGCUGGCCGGGGAGCCCGCGGGCCCCGCGCCCCGAAGCGACGGCCCCGCGGCGGCUGGAGCCCCGGAGCAGGGCGGCCCCGCGGCCGGCCGCGAGGCGACCAAGGGCACCCCGCCGGCCGGCGGCGAGGGCAAGGGCACGGUGCACCGGGGACCACCGCCGCCGCCUCCCGGCAGAGCUCCCCGCUGGGACUACGCUUACCGUGCUUUUCCUCCAGAAUACAUGGUUAACCCAGAAUACCCGGAGAGAGAACCUCUGAAGGUGUACCCUGGCCGUUCUGGGGUGUAUCCUUACCACCCAUUUCCCAUGGGAUUUGCCAUCAAUCAGUCAGGCUGUAGGGGAGCACCAUCACCACCAGGGAUAUCACUUCAAAGAGGUUUCCGACACAUUCCUAGCACCUACGGGCCAGGGAUUGCAGCUCCUCUGUCAAUUCCAGAUGGAGGUGGAGAUUUCCAUCAAGGAUAUUACACUCCUGUGCCUCAGUUUAUUCCGCCAGGUUUCCUGCCAGGGGUUCAUUACGUUCCACCUCCCCUUCCACUCAACGUGUUGGCUGAAACAACCAAGGAAACACGUGCUCCCGCAGCUGACAGCCAGGAUUCAGGGGUAGUUUCUGAACCUGGCCAACCAUCUUCCCCAGAAGAAACGAACAGAGACCAAACUGUAUACUCUGAACAUUAA